GGAAAACUGUGGAGCGCGCAUUAUAAGCUGAGUUUGCCCAUAAAGGAAUGGAGCUUACCAAAAUUGUUAAAUUGUUGGAUGCAUAUUGCUUACCACACUUGGCCGAAAAGUGGGAUAAUGUCGGUCUCCUAAUAGAACCUUCUAUUCCACACCAUGUGGACAGGAUUUUUAUCACAAAUGAUUUAACAGAACAAGUACUCGAUGAGGCGAUUUCUCAAAAAUGUGGUCUGAUCGUUUCAUACCAUCCACCAAUUUUCUCUCCUCUUAAAAAGCUUACGCAACAGCAUUGGAAAGAGCGUAUAGUUGUACGUUGUAUAGAAAACAAAAUCGGUGUAUUCUCACCACACACCGGGCUUGAUGCAAAACUUGGAGGUAUCAACGAUUGGCUUUUAGAACCAUUAGCUGUUAAUCGGAGAGAGAGUUUAUCUCGAUCACCAAUUACUCAAAAUUUAUCCAGGUUAACCGUUGUUAUGAACGAAAAUUUCGGAGACUUCGUCAUUUCCACAGGAGUAGGAGUGUGUACAACUAAUAUUAAGAGUAAUGCUGGAAUAACAGCCAUUGUUACUUGUACCGAGUCCGAUUUAAAACGUGUUGUAGAUGUGACGGAGGAGCUUAAAAUCUCAGUUGUUAGCAUCGAAAAUAUUCAAAAGACAAGUGAAGAAGGAUGUGGCAGACUGGUCACUCUACAGUUCCCAGUUCAUCUCAAAGCAAUUAUCGCUGCCUACAAAAAGUUUCUAAACAUAGGGCAUUUAAUUGUAGCCCCAGGACUAGGUAAAACCCUCGACUGUUCAAUUAAAACAGUUGCUGUAUGUGCUGGUUCCGGUGGGUCGCCUUUAUGCCAAACACCAGCUUCAUUUGCUGCCGAUUUAUUUAUCACUGGAGAAUUAUCUCAUCAUGAUCGUCUUGAGGCUGUUUCUCGUGGUAUUUCUAUUAUUUUAGCUGGGCAUUCUGUUACGGAAAGAGGAUUUUUCAGGGAAAGAUUUAUCCCAGACUUUCGUCAUCUUUUAUCAACUGUACAUAAUGCUGGUGAAAUCCCACACUUGGAAUUGUUAUUAUCCGAUGCAGAUCAUGAACCAGGUUUUGUCGUUUAACAAAUCGUUAUUAUGUUUGUGCAGUUUUGUAGUAUUCGAUGUGUUACAACAGAUAUUUUUAAUGGUUUCACUACUUUUUUCCAUUUCCUUCUUAAUACUGGAUAUUAUUGGUCUAUUAUCAACUUGUAAAAUAAACCAUAACUAUCAUCCGAUUUAUUCUCAAACUUCAAAUAAUUGUUCCUUUUUGGUGGAGUUUUGUUCUCUGAGAUGGAUGGUUUGGUCGUGGAGCUUUCAUCGUUCUUCUGAAGGACAUCAUCAGCACAAACUUCAAAUAGACCUGAUUCGAUGCACCUAUUGAUAAAUUCCAUAGUAGUUUUCGUUUCAGUGAACUUUACGUUAGACUUCAGGAGCUCAUUGAGCACCUUCAACUCAAUGGGUUGUUCACAACAUUUUAAUCGUUUAAAGAUCCCCGUCAUAUUAAAAGACUAGUAUUUGAACGAAGAAUGUUCUUGUCGAUAAAUUCUCUUCAGGUUCUACAAUUAUAUAUCCAAAUUAAUAAUCCGAUAAAUGGCCAGGUUAAGGGCAAAGUACAUCGUUAAAAGCAUGUGAAUUUAGGAUUGUGAUAAACCCAUCUACUGAGAUUGUAUGGAUUGCCAAAGGUGCACAAACUGGGGAUCCCAUUAAGACCUAUUUUAGAUAUGUAUAACUCUCCUUACCAUACUAUAGCUAAAUGGUUGGUAACUGUAUUGAAACCUCUACACGAAAAGCUUGUAAAAUAUAGUGUUAAGGAUGUGUUCCAAUUUGUUGAUAAAAUAAAAAAUGUAAAUACGUUGGGAUCAAAGAUGAUGUCAUUGGAUGUAACAUCGUUAUUCACAAACGUCCCACUCAUAGAGACUGUAGAAUAUAUAGGUGAACAGCUGACUGAAAAUGAAAUUGAAACUACUGUUCCUAUCAAUGUCGUGAAAGAGUUAUUACUCAAAUGCACCAUGAAUGUGAAUUUCAAGUUCAACGGUGAAAUAUAUAGACAAACAGAUGGUGUUGCAAUGGGUUCACCACUGGGCCCUAUACUAGCUGAUAUUUUUCUAGCCAAACUAGAAAAUGGUCCACUAAAAAAGAUUAUUCAAAGCUCCAAAUUUUACUUUAGAUACAUGAAUGACACGUUCAUCCUCUGUAAAGAUAAUACGUCGCCGCAAGAGGUUCUUAGGCGAUUUAAUGAAGUGCAUCCAGCCAUUCAGUUUGCAUUUGAAGAAGAAAGUGAUGGCCGAAUAGCCUUUUUGGACGUUCUCUUGACUAAGAGAGCGUAUGGAUCGUUAAAAAGGAACUUACACAGAAAAAGUACAUAGACUGGGCAGUAUACGAACUUCCUGAGCUUUGUACCUCUACAGUACAAACAAAACUUGAUCAAAAACCUUAGUUACUGUGUUCUCACUAUAUGUUCUGCUGAUAUAGUCUACGCAAUGAUCGUGAACAGUGGUGGGUAGCGAAAUCAAGAGAGAUGGAAAAGGCAGCGGCAAUAGGUAAUAGCAGACAAUUGUUCAGAUUUGUUAAGGAAACCGACUGUUAGCGAAACAAUCUCAGAGAAAGAUGGACAUAUUAUACAUUCUCAAUCCAGGAGAUUGGAUCGAUGGGCAGAACACUUCAGGGAUCAGUUCAACUGGCCUUCAGCCGCACUUCGGUUUCCCAUGAUCUCCAGUCAACCUGAAUGGCAAGUUAAUGUAGGUCCUCCGUCUCUUUACGAAGUUGAAAAAGCCAUAGGAAAUCUGAAGCGAGGAAGAGCAGCAGGCCCUGACAGGUUUACUCCUGAGAUUUUUAAGGAUGGUGGUCCAGUAUUAGCAGUGAGAUUAACUGAGGUCUUAGGUAGAAUUUGGGAACUGGACGUAAUCCCAUCUGACUGGUCUUAAUCACUGAUUGUGCCAGUCUAUAAGAAAGGACAAAAGUCCUCUUGUGACAAUCACAGAGGAAUCAGUUUGAUUAAUAUAGUAUCUAAAAUAUUAGCUUCAAUCAUACUUCGACGCCUAACCAAAGCUCGUGAAGAGCAGACUAGAGAAAACCAGGCUGGUUUCCGACCUGGACGUGGUUGCAUAGAUCAGAUAUUCACACUACGUCAGGUUCUAGAACACAGCUACACGUUCAGACGCCCUACAAUGGUAGUAUUUGUCGACCUUAAGGCGGCAUUUGACUCUGUUGAUCGUGAGGUUCUAUGGCAGUGUUUGUCACUGAAAGGAGUACCAAAGAAGUACAUUAACCUUAUAAAGGCUCUCUACUCGAACACAACUGGUAGAGUGAGAGCUUAUGGCGAACUUUCGUCAGAAUUGAUUACCUCAAGUGGUUUUCGUCAGGGCUGUCCACUCUCUCCAUUCUUGUUCAACUUUGUGGUCGACGUACUCUUAGAGAUAACACUCUCCUCAUCUAAAUUUCCAGGGGUUGAACUUCUACCGGGAGGUUCACUUGUUGACUUAGAAUAUGCUGAUGACAUAGUUCUAUUUGGUGAAGACGCUGACAAAAGUCAGAGUCUUCUGACCACUCUAAGCAACAAUGCAAGCAUGUUCGGAAUGCGAUUCUCUCCCUCGAAAUGCAAAAUGUUGCUUCAGGACUGGGUUUCAUCGACACCCGAACUAAUGAUAGGGAGUGAAGUAGUUGAGCGUGUCAACCGAUUCACUUAUCUUGAAAGUCUCAUCAGCCCUUGUGGUCUGGUGUAUGACAAAAUCUCAGCACAGAUACAGAAGGCUCGACUAGCUUUCGCCAACUUGCGUCAUUUAUGGCGUAGGCGAGAUAUCCGUCUAUCAACCAAAGGACGUGUUUACUGAGCAGCAGUUCGUUCCAUCCUACUUUAUGGCAGUGAAACAUGGCCGGUAAGAGUAGAGAAUAUUCGUAGGUUACUAGUAAUUGAUCACAUGUGUAUUCGAAACAUUGCUCGUAUAUCCUGGGACCACCGAGUAAGUAACUCAGUUGUUAGGAAACGGGUACUAGGUAAGAAUGGCAAACCAGUUGAUGAAGUAAUGAAACUUCAUCAGUUGAGAUGGCUGGGACACGUGUUACGUAUGCCCAACCACCGACUGCCUCGACGUGCGAUGCUUCGUGGUAUAGGAGUAGAUUGGAAGAAAGCUAGUGGCGGCCAGACCAAAACAUGGCACAAGUUUAUGAAGUCACUGACAAGUGGACUGAGUCAUGUUGUUAGGUGUAGACUACCUGAUUGGGGACCGCGAGAUGAUAGCAACUGAUGGUUAGAGACCCUGAAUGACAUGGCUCAAAAUUGUUUGCAAUGGCGCAGGUGCAUCCACUCUUUGUGUUCUCCCAAAUUUUGAUCUCCUUAUUCCUCCUUGUCUCUUUUUUUCUCCUCUCAAAUUUAUUUCACUGUAUUAUACUCUUUAAGUAACAUCUCCAAACACUAAUCUUCCCGAUUACUGCUUAUACUCUUAUUACCUCUACCACUACGGGAUUUGAAUCGACCACUGCAUCUCUAUGCUAAUGUGGUGUGGCAACUCGAACUGAUGUACGUACGUACGAAGUUCUACGUUGUUACUGACUGACUGUUCUGCUGAUAUAGUCGAAUAAGAGCUUAACACCUUGCAUAAUACUCUCAGCGAGAAUGGCUACCCUAGAAAGUUUAUAAUUAAAUAUAUAAUCACGAAUGCGAAAUUAGGCGAAAUACAAACAGUGAAGAAGAAAUCCCUGUUCAUGUAUCUACAAUUCAGAGGGGAUGCGGCUAGUGAAAUACUAACUCAGAGAUUACGUAGGACAAUACAAAAGUCUUUUAACACCUGAGAACUGCGAUUAGUAUUUUCUACGCGCCCAAUGGUUACACCGAAGCUAAAAGAUUAAUUACCUAGAAUGACCACCUCAUUUUUUAUUUAUCACUUCGACUGCUCCUGUGGAGCGAGUUAUAUUGGUCGAAGAUCUAGGAAUUUACGUUUUCGUGCUCGUGAACACCUUCCAGCGUGGCUAAACAAAGGUUUGAUGAAGAAGGUGAACAGCUCAGUAUUGGCCCAUUUAGUACAAACCGGUCAUAAUGCCAGUAUAAACCAAUCUUUUUCAAUUAUUUAUAAUGUAAGUAAUUUUUGCCAAACUGGUCAGACUAAAAGUCCUUCAAACGGCUGAAGCAGUAGCCAUCUGGAUGAAGAAACCGGAGCUACACGUACAGAAGAAAUAUAUUCAACCACUCCUCCUCCCCUGGCCAACAUCAAGGCCAAUUAAUC